AUGGCCCACUCAAAAGCACAACUUUUGGGUCAACAACAUCGUCAUCGUUUUGGACCUGACCUUUCCUUAUUACUUCCGUGCAUUUUUUAUUUGCAUCACAAUGACUUAAAGGAAAUUGAGAAGGACUUAAAUACACUUAAGGAAUACUUAAAUAGUUCAUUUAAUGCUAAUGAUUUUUACAUCAAUGAUAUUGUUACCAUUGGAAUGCAAAUAAUAGAUGAAUUGUCUCUACGUGAUCAUUUCAAAUCGUUCCCUAACAUUGUAAAAGAAAUUUGGGAAGUGAUGGAAUUGAUAACGGAAAUUCUAAAAGGUGACUUGAUAAAUCGAAUUUCUAGUAUUGUUGAAAGAUUGAUCAUAAAAUAUGAUAUGCUAAUAAAGGAGUUACAUGUAUCUUUAAUAAAAAAUAUUGAAUGGAUGUACAGUAAAAUAUAUCAAUCACUAUUACUACAGUGGUACCGAUUUCUUAUGCAAAUAGAACCAUUUUUUAUUCAACUUGCACAUUAUGCAGAAACUGUCGGAUGGAAGGCUGUUCAAGAAUUUUUUAAUUUUUUGUACGAUCGAGAGAUUGAACUGAUGACUUCUCCGUACUAUGAUCAAUUUGCCAAUUUUACACAAGAUAUUGAUAAGUUCUACAAGGAUAUCAAAGCUAACAACAUUAUGAAAAAUUUACAAAGAUACUUUACUUCAAUUUUCCAAUUUAUAAAAGAUCGAUAUUUUCUAUUUGUUCCAUUUGGUAAGGAAAUAAAAAAUUUAAUUAACGAAAUAACAGAUGAAUUGGAAGAGCUACAGAAGCUACCUUUAGUUAAAUGUGCUUUAGAAAAAGUUAAAAAAAUACAUUAUAAUAUUGUUUAUGCUUGUGACUACUUAGAAAUCAAGACAAAAGUAGAGAAUACACUUCGACUUAUUCAUUCGGAAAUAAUGGAUAUAAGUCAAACCGCAUUAGAAGCUGAAAGUAGAUACCGGAAAGCCAAAACUUAUUUUUUAUAUGAUCCAAGUCAUGGCCUUAUAUGCUUAGAACAAAAGCUUCCAAUGUCAUGGCACGCCUUGAAUCAAACACCAGAAUUUCAAGAAAUACCAGAAUAUCGAGCUAUAUCAGUUAUAGGAUCAAACUUCAGAACUUCCAAUGCAUCUUUUUGGACUUUAUACUAUAAAAUUAAACCACUGACUGAGCCAUCUAACUGGCUACCACCAUUUAAAGCACAAGCGAUGAUUAUUGGACCACAGUAUUUAAAGACGUUUGAUGGAAAGUUUUUAAAGAUUAAUGGUAGUUGCACAUAUUUACUGGCUAAGGACUUCAUUGAUGAUAGAUUUUCUGUCCUUAUUAGUUAUAACAAGUCUUUUAAGACAACUCCAUCCUAUAAACUCAUUGUUUUUUUUGAAAACAGCGGUCUUCAAAUGGACAGCUUUAGUGGCGAUGUACAACUACUAAGAAAGAAUGAGAAUCAACAACUUCCUAUUGAACUAAAUAAUGGCACCGUAUACGUGUACCAAAAAGAAAAUUUAAUAAUAAUAGAACAAAAGAACCAGCAAAUAAGACUUGAGUGCAACCUGAAAUAUGAUUUAUGCACGUUUGAACUGUCUGGAUGGUACUACGGAAAAACAGCUGGACUCUUUGGUACCAUGUCUAAUGAGAAAAUAGAUGACUCACUAACCUCAGCUGGAAAAAUAGAGCUUGAUGUUACCAAAUUCAUGCAAUCUUGGGCAUUCUAUGAAGACUGUACCACUGAGAAUAGUUCAACAACCAUACGUAAUUUGUCAAGUCAUCCUUCUAGGCAACUUUGUCAUGCACUGUUUACCAAUAAAAGCUCUGAAUUCAGCUCGUGCUUUUAUGUAGUUGAGCCUCAAGAAUUUUUAACUAUGUGUUAUGACAGUACUAACUAUCAUGAAAUAUGUAGAAUAGUAAUAUCAUAUCUUCAAUCAUGUGUGUUUUAUGACGUAUUUCUCAGAAUCCCUGAUAGAUGUACAACUUGUGGAAUGGGAGAAAAUCGCAGUCAUAAUGUACCUGAAGGAGAAUUUUAUAAACUGGAAGGGGAAGCAGUACCAAUGUCAACGGACGUUGUUUUUAUUGUUGAAGCAAAAGAAUGUAACCGUAAAAUAAGACAAAAUCGCAAUAUAGAUAAGCUGAUCAUGUCUAUUGAUGAAAAGUUAAUUCAAAAUAAACUGCACAAUACUCGUUGGAGCUUGGUAAUAUUUGGAGGAGAUGGAGUCUAUAGUAAGCCUCGAAAUUUUCGUAUGAGUAACAACAUAUUCAUACAGAACAUUAAAAACUUCUCUGCCUACUUCGAUCAUAUACCUAGUUAG